GUGUUUUAUCUGUCGGCUGAUGUGUUUUUGGAUCUAAACAAGGCCUCUGUUGGGUGAUGUUUAUCAGCUGUUGCAGAUCACUGUAGCAAUUACGCGUGGCUGCUGCAAAGCAAUCACAAAAGCAGCUUCUAGCUUUUGGAGACCCCACCCUCCCUCCAGCUUUUUGGACCGCCGCUCCAUCUCCUGAUCUCCGUCUUCCCUGUUUCCCAUCCCCAGUUCACCAUCCCCAAAGGUUGACUGGCGAAAUCAGCAGUCCAAGAACCGCGAGUCUCUGUCUGAUCCAACCUCAUCCCUCCGUGGCCGCCCGCCAUGGAUGAAUCUGAGGAGUACAGCAACGGUAAUGGCGGCGGCGGCGGUCACCAGCACCACCAGCACCAGCACCACCACGGGUACGAGUGGAAGUUCCCGGCGGCGCUGAGCGCGAACACGACGAGCGUGCACGUGACGGCGCUAGACGGCGUGGUGAACGUGAACUCGCUCUUCACGGUGGCCGUCUUCGUGGGUCUCUCCCUCGCGACGCCAGGGCAGCUCCGGAGCCUGGCCAACGACCCGCGGUGCGACGCGGGCGCCGGCGUGGCGCGGUCGCUGCUGGUGCUGGAGGUGGUGGCCUUCUCGUCGUUCCUCUUCUCCAGCCUCGUGGCGCAGGGCCUCAAGCUGGCGCUCAACCUCAUCAACUCCAAGGACCCGCACGACGCGCUGCGCGCCCACAUCGACGCCCGCGUGCUCCGCCUCGGGAUGCUGGCGUCCGCCGUGGGAUCCGUCGUCGGCUGCGUGUUCUUGAUGACCUCCAUGGUGAUGGUCGUGCAGAUCCGGCUUGGUACCCUGGGGUGCCCCACGGACCGCGCCGCCGCUAAGGCUGCGGCCGGGCUCGUCGGGCUCGUCACCACCGCGCUCGCCGUCUAUAUCGGCACCGUCUUCUACACCUUCACUCACUGAUCACUGAUGCCAGUUUUAUGUAAGAUUUGACGUCGCCGCAUCGUGUUCUUGAGUGAUGAUAAAAUGCGUGUAUGAAGAGAACAGACAUUUUUACAGUGAUUUGUUUGUGUGCUCCAUCAUCUAGAUUUUUACAGUGAUGAUGUGUGUAUGAAGAGAACAGACAUUUUUGU